AUAACUUUUAUUUUCGGAGGGCUCAGAGGUUUUUUUUAUAUUUAUUUAGAUCGGGCAUCAUCAUCGUUAUCCAUCAUCAUCGCUUCCCGCGUUCCUGUGAAACCCUAACCUCUUGAUUCCGAAGCUUGAAACCUCAGCUUCCAUGUCGGUCUAGCAAGCAACUUGAUUUUUUCCGGUGGGAUUCCCAUCAAACAUAAUCAGGCUUUUUGAGAUGGACCUUUCAGAUGACUUUUUCGAUGAGCCUUCAGUUAACCAGGCUCGUGCGGGUGGCAAGUUCCAACCCAGGGCCAAACAAAAACCUAGGAAGGGAACAUCUGUAUCUGCUGCUCCAACAUGGCCGAGUGAUACUAAGAACGAAGGUGUUAUGCAAUCAUUGUCCAAUUUGGACGCAGUGCAACCUGUUCAGUCUAUUGAUGUUGUGGACAAUGGAUUGAUCAAUCCGAAAGGUUCAUCCGUUUUAGCUACCUUGGAAAUAGUUGGACAUGAAGAAUCCUUGACACAAAAUGAGACACCCGCCUCAGAUGUUCCUGUUUCUGACAUUCCUAUGUGGAGAAAAGAUGUAGACCUUGAUCUGGACCCUUUAAAGGAUGUUGCAAAUACCGCCCCAAAGAAUGCUAGGGCUGGUGGCAAGUUUCAGCCUAAAGCUGAAUGUGGUCCUACAAAAGAAACUUCUCAACCAAUCCUUUCAACUCUCCAAGAUGGUAUGGAAGAAAAGGCUGCUAAAGCGGCAUCUUCUGGCUUGGAAUUGGAUGAAGAUCAAGUUGUCCAGCAUGUUGAUGUUGCAGAUGACAGCAGGAACUUGGGAAAACUGAAUGGUUCUCAACCAGUUGCCACAGAUGAACCUUCAGGGUUUCCACUUUCUGAUGCAUGUGAUUAUUUUCAGUUGAGCACUGGAAAAUCCGCGGGGGAGGCUGCUGACAUAUUUUCUGAGUUGGAAAGCCUUGAUCCAUUGCUUACACAGUCUUCUGGUGGUACAAAAGCAAAUGCCAGUGAGAAGUCCAAUGAUAGAAUUGAAAUGGAUGCUUUGCCAGCAAACAAGUUUGUUACAUCUGAUUCUGUGAGUAACAGUGAACCAGAUUUACCAUAUCCUAUAGAGACAGCAGCAGUUCUUGUUUCUAAUAACAAAGACAACAUUGGAGAAUCUGAAAUUCCAGCUCCAGGACCAAGGAUUGGUGAUGCUACAGAAGAAGCAGGGGCCUUUCCAGAUAUGGAAACUGAAGAUAUUGUUACAUCUGGAGUUCACAAGGGAAAAUUCAAACCAAAGACCAGGUCACAAAGAGGAGAAAAGAAACCUAGUGCUACUGUCCCUCAACCUGCUGCAGAUGAAUCUGUUAUGGAUCCACCAAAUGUGCAGUUUGUUCCUUCUGAAACUGAGUGCAUGGAGGAAGGCUCAGUUCCUGUCCCCCCACCAGGUGAUGUUGUUGAUCACCUAUCCGUGAACUUAGAUGAUUGUACCACGCUAGAUGCUUCUACACGUGAAAUCUCAACAAAUGAGGAACUGGGCAACCUCCCUAAAGCUUCUAAUGAUGAUGCUGCGCCUUCUAAAGAUGUCCCUAGAAUGCCUGAAAAAAGUUCUAAGAGAGGGAGAAAAAAUGCUCCUACUGCAUCAAAUCUCUCUAAGAAAUCAAAGAAAAAUUCCACUGCUGCAAAUAAUGAGCAUGAAGAUGAGACUUAUAAUGAUGGUAGCAUAAAUGAUGAGGUCCCAACCUGUUCUGUUGCCAAUGAUGAUGAAGAUGAUGAUAGAGAUGAAGAUUACAUGGAAAGUACAUCUACAAGGAAAAGGGCCACCAGGAAGUCAAAGAAACCUGUCAUUAAAAACGAGAAAUCAGCUCAAAAGCGAAAGAAAUUGACUAAAGAAUUAGAUCAAUCAGCUAAAGAACCUGCCAAGAAGUUUUCUCAUUCAACUUGUCGUAAGAGAAGAUGUGUGGAUAAGGCUUUACUUGAAGAUGAUGACAUCGACUUCCGAAGGAUUGCUAUGAAGGAUCUCAUUCUACUUGCAGAGCAUAAAGAGCGGUUAGAGAAGAAAGAGGCUAAAGCAUCAAAUGUUCCAUUGGCGAAUCAAAGUACACAAAACUCUUCUCAUGUGGAAGAUGCUCAUAAUGAGGAAAGCUCCUUUGCUUCAGAACAAGCUCAAGAGUCUACUGAUGAUCCAGUUGGUUACACAACUCAGUUUAAUACCUGUUUCUUUAAUUAUCAGUCUUAUAUGAACAAAGAAUCUAGAGCAAGGUGGUCAAAACAGGACACAGAAUUGUUCUACGAGGCAAUCCGGCAGUUUGGGACAGAUAUGUCAAUGAUUCAACAACUUUUUCCUGGAAGAACACGUCACCAGAUUAAGCUGAAAUUCAAGAAUGAAGAGCGUAGACACCCAAUGAGGAUUUCUGAGGCUGUGGCUAGUCGUGCCAAAGAUCAUUCUCAUUUUGAAAAGGUGAUCAAGCAACUGAAGCAAGUUACUGCUCAAGCAAAACAGGGUUCUGAUGGAGAUGACUCAAUUGGUGUGACGGGUGAGGAAGAGGUAGAGGAGUUGGCUCCUGAAAUCAAUGAAGAGGCAACAAAAACUAAGAAAGAUGAGGACAUAGAACUCAAAGAUCAGGGAGCGGAUGUGGCUAAAGUCCAUAGUCCUUUGAAGUCUAAUGAGAGUGAGGAUGACGCUGACAUGUGGGAUUUAUAUAAAAAUGCAUUUUAAUUAUCCUCAAACUAAGACCAUGGUUACAUUUUCUCUUUCCCAUAUAAAAUGUUUAUUUUGCUUAAUAUACACAUUCUCUUUUA